AUGUGGAUGAAGCGCCACCGCAGCAGCCACUUCCUCGCCGCCACCGCCACGUGGGAAGAGAGAGCCUUCGCGGAGGACGCAGGCUGCAUUUGGCCCCCGAGGUCCUACGCGUGCAGCUUCUGCCGCCGCGAGUUCCGCUCCGCCCAAGCCCUCGGCGGCCACAUGAACGUCCACCGACGGGACCGCGCUCGUCUCAAGCAACAACAGUGCCACGACGAAGAACAAGAAGAAGAAGAACAAGACCAUCAUCCCAUUCCCACCGCCGCCACCACCACCACGAACUCCUCCCCUAGGGUUUCCUCGUCCUCAAUUACCACCGCCAGCAAUAAUAACGAGUGUGCAGGUUGGCUGGAUCUUGGACUCAUGGUCAACGUUGUGGAAAGUAGUAGUCUCGAUGAGGACGUGGAGGCGAUUUUGGCCGGUGGGAAGAGGCGGAAGACGGCGGCGGCCACCGCGGGGGUGACGACAUUGUCGCUGUCGAUGGGGGCGGCGUCGGAGGGGAUUGGGUUCGGAAGAGAUUUGGAUCUUGAGCUUAGGCUCUGA